AUGAGUACCGAUGAUCUGCCGAGGAUUCUCGCAAAAACCUGUGAGUACGCGUUCCCAUUUUUGGCUGUGUUGGGGAUUGUUGGUAAUUCAAUCACACUAUUUGUGCUGCUGAGCAGAUCGAUGAGAAGCAGUACAAAUGAGAUGCUGGCAGCAGCCGCUUUGAGCGAUAUGCUCUAUCUUAUUUUCAUGACUCCGAAUCAUCUCAGCAGAUUGCAGGCUCUCCUCUAUUCUGAUUGUGUUGAUGAUCCUGGAAAAAAGUGUCCAUCUUCAUAUCACAUGUGGUUUGUUGAAUAUAAGCAUAAUCUUGCAUUUUUUGUCAAUUGGGUCUCAGCGUGCAGUACAUGGUUUAUUGUGACGGUUUCAUUCGACAGGUUAUAUGCCAUCAAAGCUCCGUUUUCUGCCCGCUUCCAAACAUAUUGCUCACGACAUAAUCUCAUUGUAAUUCCGUUAAUCUUAUUGCUCACAGGGGCGACAUGUUUCCACAUGAAUUUCAAAUUAUUGGAUGACCACACCGGACACACUAAUUCAACAGUUGACGCCGAAACUAAAAAAUUCUCAGUUUUGCGUGUGUUUACCAUCAUCAUGUUUGUCUUCCAUAUUCUGAUCCCAAUGAUCCUUCUGAUCACAUUCCACACAUGUUUAGUCUACUACCUCCGGAACCGUCUUCGGCACUUCUUCCCGACGCGUACCAGAAGUGCUCGACACUCCACAAGGUCCGGAGAUGACGUUCCUGCUCCCCUUCUUACUGACGUCACCGACAGAUCGGAAGUGGUUCGACAUCACUCAUCCAACAGUGGAGUCUGGAAUCGGCAUGUGAACAAAGCGGAACGACAUGUUACAUAUACAGUAACUGCAAUUGUAACGUGUUACAUAUUCUCGCAUAUCCCGUCCGCUGGCUUAUACGUCUAUAUAAAUGUAUUUCAUAACGCACUUUACACAACAAGAUGGAUGUAUGCGAGCGUUCAAGUGUCAACUACUGUAGUCACAUGCUCAAAAGUUGCCAAUUUCAUACUCUUUUGCAUGAGCAGCAAACACUUCCGCAAAGAAAUGAAGAAAAAGUUGUGCUUUCUGUUUUGUAAAACCAAAGAAGGAAUCAGUCAGAAAGAUAGUGCCAACCAGCCCAGAACCAGAUUCAGAUCCCUUCCUCUGAAUAUCAUUGGCGACUCAACUAACAACUGUUCUGCUUAA